CACGGUGAACCAGCAAAACUACUGGCACUCGCUCUUCGCACCAUUUCACCAUCUCUGCGCGCCUUUUCCUUAUCACUCUGCUGCUUCAGAGUUUCGAUUUCGGUUUGUGGACUCGACAAGUAACCCGCAAGAUGAAGCGGACGUGCGACUCCAGCGCCGAUAGACUUACUGACCUUCCUGUCGAAGUGAUACAGCGCAUUCUGGUGUUCUUACCCAUUAAAGAUGCCGCCAAAACUAGUGUCUUGUCAAGGAAAUGGAGGCAUCAGUGGAGGAGUAUUCCUCAACUUGUGUUUGAUGAUGGUUUUGCUCGAAUACCUCGGGUUUCUGAAUCUGAAUCUGAAUCCAAAGUGAGGAAUAAGUUCAUAAUGCUGAACCUCUACAGGGCCCUGCUUGUUCAUGAUGGGCCAAUAACAAAAUUUGUGCUUUCAAUCCCUGGAUUGACCCCCUGCGAUGAGAUUGACAAUGUUGUUCUUCACCUUUCGAAUAAAGGCCUCCAAGACCUUACCCUUGAGUUUUACGGUCCUGGGUAUAACAAAGACGGUUAUCAGCUGCAUUCUUCCUUGUUUUCUGCUAUUCACCUGAAAUGCCUGACACUUCAGUCUUGUGAAGUCACACAACCAUCUUGGUUCAUUGGCUUUAGCAAGCUUACCGAUCUUCGAUUAGAAGAAGUUACUUUGCCCUGUGAUUUCUUCACGAAUUUCCUCACUAUGUGCCCGGCGCUUGAAUCGUUGAGGGUUACAGAUUGUGGCGGUUAUGCUUUUGAGCUUGAAAUUGUCGCUCCAUUUCUAAAAUCCUUCCACUUGAACGGAUCCCUCAAGGAUAUCAGUUUCAAGUGUACACCGCGUCUGUUAAGUCUCACGCUUGAUGUGUACGAGACCGACAUGCAUGAAAUGGUAGCCUUUUUUGCUUCUAUCACGACACUCCAGCAACUUUGUAUCAGCACUCAAUUUAUGAGAGAACUUGCUGAAGCUAAUAAGAAUGUCCCCACCAGGCUUCCUUCUCCUCUUCACGGGUUAGAAGUCCUUGAAAUAAUUGAUGUUGCAUUAGAUAGCUUGGAGCUGAAGCAUGUCUUUCUUUGUUUGAUCACGAGUUCCCCCAACUUGCGCAGGCUCAGAGUUGAGAUAGACUUCAACCAACUAUUUUAUCUGGCCGGAACUACUGAAUUUAGCAGCAUACGAAAGUUGUUGGAAGCAGAGGACUGCCCUGGAUUUUCCGGUCGCUUUUUCCAACAUCUUAAAGUGUUUAGAUUGGAGGCCAGCUGCGGUACACAAGUUGAGCUGGACCUUGUGCGGUUCAUCCUCGCCACUGCCCCUCUACUUCAGCGGAUUCACAUUACGCCUGCAUGUCAUUUGAGCUUUGAAACUCGUUUGAAAUUCACGGUGGAGGCAAUGAGAUAUAAGCGCGUCUCGAAAGAAGCACAGCUUAUAUAUGACAUGGAUUUUGAUCAGUGACGCUUUCAGCUUUGGAGCAACUUCUGCCCUUCAGAAUUCAUAUGGUUGUGUUCUUUUUCUUAUUCACCUGCAUGAAUGCAGUGUUGGUCGUCAAAUUUGAGGAUGUGUAUGUUCUAGCUGCAUAUUGUAAAACCUACUUUCUUGAUCAGCAAGAAAUGUCAAAUCCAACUAACUAGUUAUCUGAUUACAUCCGAAAAUAGAGAUCACAGCAGAUAGAAAGAAAGG